UACGACUGUGAAUACGGUUGCUCCAGCACCUGCCGCUACUAUUCAUCUUUACUGCGCCUCAACCUUAUCUCAAAACCUUUCACAGCAACUAACAUGCAUCUUAUAACACCAUUCAUCGCCGCCAUGGCCUUUAUGCCAAGCAAUAUCUAUGCAAGACAUCAUCAUAAACUACUAAGGACCCCCAGCGGAGUCACCGUGGAGCUGAUCAAUACUAACGGCGACAUAUUCUAUCUUCAAGGCUUUUCUGCCAACCAAUCUGUGACUUUGCGGCCUAGUGCUGACUUGGGUUACAUUGGAAAAGUCCGCAUCCCAUUCACUGGAGCUGCAGGGCAAGCCGCCUCGUCAGACCUACAGGCCGACUUCCGAUGCGAGCUUCGUAAUGCUGGCCAGAACAACAACCGAAUCAUCGUCACGCGAGACAAGAGCAUCGACUUCAACUUCGGAGUUGGUAAAGCUUGGACACUUCAGCCUGGCGGGCCUGUCGAGGCUGCUCACUUGCGCGUCACGUGCGAUCCAGCACUGAGAAAGACAGAUCCCGAUCAGCGUGAUGAAAUCCGCGUAACUCUGUCAAAAAGUUCGGAGGAGUUUGCGCGCCAGCUUGAUUUCUCGGACUCGGAGGGUCGAAACGACCAGAGGCAAUCGGUUGGUGGCACUUUCACUCAUGUAGAGCUCUUCGUAGGCCCUGGAGUGGACAAUCAAGCGCUCCGUUGCAAGGCAUUGAACCGCGGGCAAGUCGUGCUGCUCAACCGAGGCAUCAACCUAAACAAGCAAACUUUUGGCGACGGGGGCAACGGGAGGUGGACAGUUGCUGGGGGGCUUAGUGAGAUCGACGAGGUCAUCUGUAGUCCGGCAUUCCGCUAGAGGAAGUCUAAGCACCGACAAGCCUGCUUCUCUACCCUCGACCACAUACCAGCCAUGUCCCAUAGUAUAGAUUUUGAUUUGUAGUAGCUCAUCUUUAUCUGUUAUAUUCUGUCUUCGAUUAAUUAGGAAGUCCAGAGGAAUCUGAAUCACACUAUAAUCCGGA